GCGGCUAGAAUUAUGAUAGUCUGGUACUGAUUGCUGACUGAAGGUGACCGACACAGUCCAAUUUGUGUAUCCCCAAACGCUGUGGUGGCAAUUACAACUUGUUGCAGCUCUAGAAAAGAAUCAAACGGUGCAAUGUGCGAGCGUGGAUCGGAGUGCUACAAGAAGUACCAAGAGUGGGAGAAUAAUGAAGAGAUCAAAAUAUUCCGCGAAUAUUUACGCAUUCCAACGGUGCAUCCCGAUGUGAACUACGAUGACUGCGUCGAGUUUCUACGCCGCCAAGCCCAGGCGUUGGAGCUCCCGGUUGAGGUGGUCGAGGUGAACCCAGGAAAGCCGAUCGUUAUCAUCACCUGGGAAGGUACAGAUCCGACGGAGAAGUCCAUCAUACUGAACUCGCACAUGGACGUGGUGCCGGUGUAUCCGGAACUGUGGAGUCAUCCGCCGUUUGCGGCCGAUAUGGACUACCAGGGAAAGAUCUUCGCCCGUGGCGCACAGGAUAUGAAGUGUGUCGGUAUGCAGUUUCUUGGCGCCAUAAGGGCGCUGAAACGGGAAGGAGUCAAUCUAAAGAGAACGAUCCACGCCACAUUCGUACCGGACGAGGAGAUUGGUGGCAAACUGGGGAUGAAGGAGUUUGUUCACAAGGAGGGCUUUCGCAAGUUGAACUGCGGGUUCGCGAUAGAUGAGGGAAUCGCCGGACCAGAAGAAGAGUAUCCGCUGUUCUAUGGCGAGCGGAGCGUGUGGCAUAUUAUGUUCCACAUUUCGGGGACACCCGGGCACGGUUCGCUGCUACUGAAAAACACAGCUGGUCAGAAAGCGCGUUAUCUUAUAGAUAAGCUCAUGGAUAUGCGUGAGCAGGAAGUUAAGAAGUUGGAGAACAAUCCGGAAUUUACGAUCGGAGACGUGACUACAAUCAACAUCACCAUGAUGACGGGUGGCGUUCAAAGCAACGUAGUGCCCCCGGAGCUGAUGGUAUGCUUCGACAUUCGCUUGGCCGUCGACGUGAAGCACUUGGAAUUUGAGAAUCAAGUUCUGGAUUGGUGCCGCGAAGCAGGUGGUGGCAUCGAGCUUGAGUACGACCAGAAGUGCCCCUUUGUCAAGCCAACUACCCUCGAUGGCUCGAAUCGGUACUGGGUUGCGUUCAAGGAUGCUCUUGACGAGCUAGGAUUGAAAGUGAAGCCGCAGAUUUUCCCUGGCGGUACCGACAGCCGAUACAUCCGCGGUAUCGGAAUUCCUGCCAUUGGUUUCUCACCGAUGAACAACACUCCUGUGCUACUACACGACCACGAUGAGUUCCUUCAAGCAGAUACCUAUCUCAAAGGAAUUGAGAUCUACAAGAAGAUCAUUUCCAAUGUUGCUAACGCUUAGGACUGGUGAUAACAAAUUAAACUUGUCAACUAAAUUAAAUACAAA